GAAGCUUCUCCGGAGACGGGUGCUUCUUGCAAGAUUUCUGACAAGAGAAGUUGUCCACAAGCCAAGGACCACUUGUAGAGAGCUUUAAAAAGACUUGGAAUUAGCAGUUGGCUUCAAACACUUCUCAGGAUAAAACAAGAUGAUGUCCAGCAACUCUGAACGAAUCUUACUGGAGCCUUACAAAUAUGUGCUUCAGCUUCCAGGUAAGCAGAUCAGAACAAAGUUGUCUCAGGCUUUCAAUCACUGGCUAAAUGUCCCAGAAGAUAAAACCCAGGUAAUAAUUGAAGUUACAGAGAUGUUGCACAAUGCCAGCCUACUUAUUGAUGAUAUUGAAGACAAUUCCAAGCUUCGCCGAGGUUUUCCAGUUGCUCAUAGCAUCUACGGUGUUCCAUCUGUUAUUAAUUCUGCAAAUUAUGUUUACUUUCUGGGUCUAGAGAAAGUGUUAACUCUUGAAAACCCACAAGCUGUCCAUGUUUUUACCCAACAAUUACUUGAACUUCAUCGUGGCCAAGGCUUAGACAUUUACUGGAGAGAUACAUAUACUUGUCCCACAGAGGCAGAAUAUAAAGCUAUGGUGUUGCAGAAAACAGGGGGUCUCUUUGGUUUAGCUAUUGGCUUAAUGCAGUUGUUUUCUUCAUAUGACAAAGACUUAAAGCCAUUACUGAAUACUCUUGGACUUUUCUUUCAAAUCAGAGAUGAUUAUGCAAAUUUAUACUCCAAAGAGUAUACUGAGAACAAAAGCUUUUGUGAAGAUUUGACAGAAGGCAAGUUUUCAUUUCCUACAAUACAUGCUAUUUGGUCAAGGCCUGAAAGCACUCAAGUUCAAAAUAUAUUGAGACAGAGGACAGAAAAUGUAGACAUCAAGAAAUACUGCGUCCACUAUCUUGAGAAGGUGGGAUCUUUCGAAUAUACUAGACAAACUUUAAGAGAAUUAGAAAAUGAAGCCUAUGGACACAUCAAAUCCUUAGGAGGAAACCCUGAGUUAGUUUCAAUAAUAGAACAACUUAGCAAUAUGUAUAAAAAUCCAUCAUAGUGAUAUCAAACUACUUAUGAUGUUAAUAAAGGCCUA